ACGACACGUGACCACGACCGGGCAUCGGGUGGCCAGGCGGUCUUAGCCACCCAGAGACCGACCCGCACCCACCCUUUGGGUCGCCUCAAGAUCAAGGCGAUUCAGUGCAAAUUCGUGGGCCUCAUACGUAGAUACAUAGAUACAAAGUGCUCGUUGCCCGACAACGAAAAGGCGUAGGAAUCGGAUCGGGAAUCGGCCCUCGAGCCAGAGACCAGCAACGCUAUCUAUGCCCAAAGCAGCGGACGGCGGCGUUGACGUCGUCCGACGGAAUGGUAUUUAAGCGGGAAAUGAUUCGGUAUGACAAAUCAGAAGUGAAAUAACUCAGCAACAGCGCGCAACAGGCUGCUAGCCGUUAAAAAUAACUAACGACCAAGAAAUAGCACAAGAACUCCCCCCCAAGAAAAACCCAAUCACUUGAAGAAGAUGGCCACCGCAUCAGCACAUCUGCCCAUUCAGAAGCGCCGGCCGCACGAGCACAACGGCGAGCCCAGCUGCCAGGGUCUGGAUGAGGUGAACCGCAUGUUCCGCAACUACUGGGAUCCCACGGCCUACUGGGUGUGCGACAAGCAGGGCACACGGGCUCGCCUCCAGCGCUGUCCGCAGUCGCAGCUCUACUCCGAGGAACUGGGCCGCUGCGUCCACUAUGCCGAUUGGGCCUGGACGGAUCCCAAGGAGCCGGCUGGCCGAGCCAAGAUCAGUCAAUCGGUGUCCACAAAUUAGUGAUAGCUUACGGCUAAACUUAAUUUAAUGCUAGUCUAAGACAACCAACCUCAUUAGGCUUACGUCUAUUUUUACAAAAUACCUUUAUUUUUAAUGAAAAUAAGAAAAAAUCAGUACAAAAUCAAAA